AUGAAAGGCGUUUGUGGGAGCGUGGUAAAGGGAUGGAGGGACUACUGGAGCAGGAGAAGGUACCAGAGGUUGAAUGGGAGGAGGAGGAGGAAGGUGUGGGGCGGGCGAUUCUGGAGGAUGAGGGCGGGCCCCAAGGUCCGAAUCACCAGAAUCUCAGGGAGGGCUAAGAAGAUGGUGCUGUGGCUGAGAGACGCCUACACGAGGAUGAUGAUGGGAUUGGCAACGUCGGGAGUGAGGGGAAUGACCGGAGCCGACGCCGUGGUAGCCUUCGGCAAGACCUCCGUCAAGGAGUAUGAUCGCAACAUGAUCCUUCACAUCUACAACUCCCUCCUCGUGGCGUCGCCCCACCGCCCUGCUCCCCCUCUCCCUCCGCCUAACUAA